AUGAGCUCCACUCCCCUCGCCCGGACGCCAGCUCGCGACGAUUCAAUCGACGACGUUAAUGGCAUCCAAGAUAUCCCAGCGCUCGCAUCGCCGCUUCCAGAACCACAACAACCAGCUCCACAACCGCAAGCUGACCUCCCCCGGUCCGCAGCAGGCUCAUGCGCCGCUCGCAAUCGUGCCAAGCACAACUUGUUAGCCUCGGAUGGUUUCGGCAAGCUGAGUGCACAGCUCUGGUCACAGCGAGAGGAGAGUGUCGUCCGCAAUCGACAGGGUAGUGUCCUGACGCGUGGUCUGAUCCUCAAAACUGAUCACUUUGCCGGCGGCGCCCGUCAUGCCCAUCUCGAUCUUCACCUCCAGGGCGCCCCCAACUUCCGCAAAGCCGACUGCUCCCUCGAGGUGUACGGUGUCGCACAGCCUACCAUCACCGGUCUCAAGACUAUCCUCUCCGUUCUCAAUGCUCGACCCACAAAAGAUGCAGUCGGCUCUCAGAGCUUCGACUCGCGCCUUUCCAGCGUUGGCGCAAGUGGCGCAGCUUCCACUUCGCUACUACAGACAUCUUCGCCUUUCAGCUCCCCUUCCCUCAUUCAGGCACAAGAUCCAAAGACUCAAUCGAAUCCUCCUAAGGCCUCGAAUCGCUCAGAGAAGCCGCGCAAGUGCGUCUGGGUCUGCACUAGGGAAGAACCAGUUGUCUAUGUUGGAGGCAGACCUUUUGUACUUCGCCAAGCCGAACGUCCUGUCAGCACGUUCGAGCUAACUGUUCGUGCUGACAACCUCGAAGCUAUCGAGUCGCGUCUCAAGCAGGACAUUCUGCGUGAGUCGUCCAAGUAUGGCGGCCUUCUUAUGGUACACGAAGAGACUGCAACAGGAAAGAUCGAGCCAACAUGGAUCGCCGUAGAUGAGGCCUCUGUUCAUACUGUGCGCCAAGUAUGGGACCGUGUCAAGUCUGAAGGUUGGAGGGUCGACUACCACCGCAUCCCCAUCGCCGAAGAUCAAGCCAUCGAAAACAACUAUCUCGACGCAUACACACAGGUCAUCAAGGAUCUCGACCCUACCGAGACCAGUCUUGUUGCCAACUGCGGAAUUGGUUUCACGCGAACUACCUUUGCCAUGGUCGCUGCCGUGAUUCUACGUAGGAAGCAGAUGCUCCUGCUCGGCUAUCAAGAUCCAUUUGCGCCCAUCUCUGAACAGCAGAAAUCGCCCCUGCAAGCACCCGUUAAUGGAACACCUCACUCUCGUGUCGCCCGCUCUCUGCGCCAGGCUAGUGAACAGCAAGCUCAGAACCUGUCAUUGCUGAGGCUCAUUCGCGUUCUUAAUGUCAGUCUCUCAACGCGUGACUCUCAGACCACGAUCGAGAUCUUGCUUUCCAACCCAGCACUGCUUGAAUCGCUGCGCAAAGCCAACUCGGGAGACUAUGGUGUCAUCAGACAGCUCGCAGGUCUUCUCGAUGAAGGUCUUGAGAACAAGGCUGUUGUCGACGUCGCAAUCGAUUGCUGUGCUCACGUCACCAACCUUCGUGAGACGAUCCUCUCGUCAAGAAUCCGCUAUUCGACCGACGCCCUGGAUGAGGCGCAGGCCGCUCUGCACCUCGAAAAAGCAGCAAAAUCGCUAGAGAAGUACUUCUUCCUUAUCGCAUUCGCCAGCUACGUCAACGCAAGCAUGACAGCCACCUUCCAGCACCGCUUCGCCAACUGGCUCAAGAAUCGUGCCGAGAUCUGGCGGGGUAUCCAGCUGAUCCGUUCAAAGGGUCGACGCCUCUACUUCUUCGAUCCCGUCGGGGAUCUGCGCAUUCUUAGCGGUGGCAAAGCAGGCGAUUUGGUUGCUACCUCGGAGAAACUACGAGGUCGAUUCGGAGAAGUUUCAGGUCAAGGUGCUCAGGUACCCGGCGACGAGUUUGCUGACUACGUCAUUCGCAAUCGAGCUGGUAUUGUCUUGCGUCCUUUCACACUGCUCAAGUGCGACAUCUGGCGCAAGUUCAUCGAGAAGAAUGCAGGCUUGCCCAUCCGCGGUACCGUCAACUUCCGUCGUAUCCCGGGCAGCAACAUUUUUGCAACCGGUCAGCCCACAGUGGAUGGCAUCCGAAACGUUGUCGCUGCUCUUCAAGAGCACUAUGCGUCCAAGACCGAUGCGGCCAGCUACCCUACUCGUACAGUAACCUGGAUCAACUUGCGCGAGGAGCCCAUUGCAUACAUCAACGGCAAGCCCUACUGUCUUCGCCAAAAGGGCAUGUCUCUGCGAAACAUCAAGGCGUACAGCGGUAUCAACUGGGAUCGUCUCCUACUUCUUGAGGACAGACUCAAGAACGAUGUUGUGAACGAGCUCGAAUCCGGCGAGGGUCGUCUGUUGCUGCAUACCGAAGCAUCGGACGGCACCGUCAUUCCCAUCUGGGAAGAAGCCAAUCCGUCAGACGUCGAUACAGUGCAGGAGAUCAUGACAUCCAUCGGUGCCGACUUCAAAGACAAGGUCCAGCUUCGAUUCCGCAGAAUUCCAAUGACCGCAGAGAAGCCUCCUGACUUUUCCGACAUCAGCGAGCUUCUCUCGACGGUGCUGCAGGCGAAUGUGGAGAGGCAGCCGAUUGUGCUCAACUGUCAGCUCGGACGAGGUCGAAGUACCAUGACCGCUGUGCUUAUUCUGAUGAUCACAAGAUGGCUCAAGCAAGGACAAAGUAAGCUACCCGAAUCGAGGCUUCAGGAAGUCAGAGACGACGAAUCUGCACCCAAAGGCGGCGUUGCUGAAGAGAGCGAUUCUGAUGGACUUCGCCUCUCUGGCUCCGAUCAGAACAGCGGUACUGCCACACCCUAUUCAUGUGAGACGAUCAACCCAGACCUGCUUGAUGACACUGCCGUUUCUCCGUCGGCUGAUGAAACUCAAACACCGAAGCGUGCUCCUCUCAGCUAUCACGUCAUCAACAGUCUUCUCCGUGUCAUUCCCAAGGGUCUUGAGGUGAAGAAAAUGGUCGAUGAUUGCAUCGAUCAAUGUGCCACCGUCACCAACCUGCGCGAGGCCAUCGAAGAAGCACGUCUUGCAGCCGAAGACACCGAAGACGAAGCUCUCCGCAAAAAGCGCAUUCAAAGUGCCAUUCACAAUCUCCGUCGAUACUUCCUCCUCAUCGUCUUCCAGUCUUAUCUCACGCAAACCCGGCCAGACUUGCUCGAGGCUGCACCAAGCUUCCGCUCCUUCGUCACACGUCAACCUGUCUUCGAGACCAUCGCCAAAGAAUUUGACAAGAUCGAUAUUUCGACCAUCAUGCCGCUGCAGAAGGUGGAUGCGAGCGAUGGUAUGGCGCUGUCUGACGAGGUGCAGGAGGUGGUCUCACACCGAAGUGGAAGUAUUUUGUCGGCGUACACGAUGCUCAAGUCGGACUUUUUCAGUGGUAUUCUCAAGCUUGGUCUGCCAGAACGCAUCGAUGGUAUGCCCAACCUGCGUGGCGUGCCAUUGUUGCUUACGCCACCAAGUCAGAACAGCGCAGGUAACCAGUCUUCUACGCCAAUGACGCCAAAGACACCGCUCGUGAGCCACGGUCGAGAGACAUGGGGUUCAGGCAUGCCUACCGUCGAUGGUCUCUGUCGCGGAUUGACACGUAUGGGCGCAGCACCGAACGGACCGGCCAAAGUGGUCUGGACAUCGCUCCGAGAGGAGCCUGUCUUGUACGUCAACGGCCGCCCCCAUGUGCUGCGAUUAGCCGACCAACCAGUCACCAACAUCGAGGCUACUGGUGUCACGACUGACGUAGUCGAAAGCAUGGAGUUGGCGCUCAAAAACGACAUGCUCAAGGAAGCCGCUCAGCGAGGUGGCCGUGUGCUUUUGCACGACGAGACUGAGAUCCGACAAGGAGAGUUUGAUAUCAUUCCAGUGUGGGAGACGGUUAAGGAAGGUGACGUGCUCACGCCUCGUGAAGUUUACGAGCUUGUACAGAGAGAAGGCUACAAGGUCGAUUAUGCACGACUUGCCAUUACUGACGAACAAGCGCCUGUGCCAGCAGUAUUCUCUCAGCUGGAGGAGCGAGUGAUCACAGCACUUCAGACUGGAUCAGCUUGCGUGUUCAAUUGUCAGAUGGGUCGAGGACGAACGACCACAGGUAUGGUCAUCGCCUCCCUGGUCUCGACUGUCUGGCACUACGGCGACCAGCUAGUCGCCGGCUACGAAAUGUCCGGCUCAAUGGUCUUAGCGUCCCUGACAGCUUCCGCAUCCGAAGACGGCGCAGCACCCAACCUUGCCACCUCCCAAAGCGCGGAAGAUGAAGCUUUUGGUCAACCCAAAGACAAUCUCGAUAAUCGUGAAGACGAUCUUUGGCUCCAGGGUGAAUGGCGAACAAUUCUCCAACUCGUUGGUGUUCUUUCCCACGGCAAACUCGCCAAGAAGCUAACCGAUCGAGCGAUAGAUCGCAUGGAAGCGGUCCAAAACCUUCGUAAAGCCAUCUACGACUCCAAGCUCCGCGCAGACAAUGCAGAGCCGGGUACGAAGAAGCAUAAGCACUUGACAACCGUUUUCACCAACUACCUGCAGCGAUAUGGCUACUUGAUCACUUUCGCGAAUUAUCUGUUGGAGAAGAGCGAAGCUGAUGGUUUCAUUCCGCUCUUGCCGCCGCUCGGUGGAGGUGGACCUGCAAUUCCGAUUGAGGGGGCGCAGGAGGAGAGCGGGGCAACGGGCGCAAGAGCAAGAUCAGAGUCGAUCUCUUCGCAAGUAUCGAGCUCAACAGCGUUUACGAACUACGCGGCGGAUGGAGGAAGGAAGUUUCCUACGUUUUUGGGUUGGCUGCAGCCUAGGAGAGAGAUUGGGAACAUUUUGGGACGGGAUAAGCUGGAGUGA